AUGGACGUGUUUGCGAAGCGUGCUCUCCCUCCGCUCUCGACAAGGAGGAGCUUCCUCGGCAGCGGCACUCAGGAGAAGUGCGUAGGCUGUAAGGAGACGCAAGCUAAGCUCGAGAGCUGCCAGAACUUCUCGGUUCAGCUCAAGAACAAGCUUCUAGAGGGCAAGAAAGAUCUCGAGCUCGCAAGAGUGAAGGAGCUCACCCAGGAGCGCGAUGACCUCUUGCGCAAAGCAGUCAAGCGCGAGAAGGAGAUUGUAGCGCUCAAGGCAGAGAAUUCAGCGAUCAAGUCGGUCAAUGGCGAGAUGAUGGAGAUGUUUGAUCGUCGCAUGGUGCCCCAGUCGCUAGAUCAGCGUGACUUCAAGAAGAGGAGGCUAGCUCCGAACUCGUCACCCCUUUUGCAGGAUCUUCAGGCGCGUCCAGAAGCGUUUCCCGUCACCAAUGCCGACCUGAUCGAGCCGUUGAAGGGGAGUGACGAUACUGUUGCCCGCAAGUCUCUCCUGGCACGCUUCCAGCAGGCUCGGCGCAACUCGGCUAAACGCGCGGAGGCGGCUGCCGAAGCCGAGAAGGAGCAAGCCGCUGUUCCUCUACACGUACACCGUCAAGUGGAAUCGGAGAGCGAAGACGAGAGCAACCAAGACCCCGACGAAGCGCUGCUCCUCUGGCAUCAGAGCUGGGCCAACUUCUUCGAUGAGGAGACCAGAGCGACCACGCCCAGGGCUCCGAAGAGGAAAGGUGGCCUGAGACGCACCGCCAGCGAGUACCUCCGUACGCCCAAGCGUGCAAAGAGCGAGCGUACCCCGUCGAGAGACCAUUCUUCGUCCGAGUCGGAGGGAUCGUCCGCUCCGCAGACCCCGUCGAGACCCUCCCGCUCGGCCAAGACCAAGGUACUGAGCCUGCGCGAGCCUACUCUGGGCGGAAAGCUACGCCCCGGCUAUCCGGGCACCUUCGAUCUCGACGGUGCGGUGCCUCAUUGGCGCGAGCGCGAGUCGGUGCCGAAGACGCCGCGCAAGACCCCGACCAGGAGCUACGCCGAGCUCACGCAGUCCAAGACUCCUCACAAGACUCCGACGAGGCGCGAGGCGAAGGUCAAGACUCCUUGCGCCGAAGCGGAGGCGAUCAACAAGACCCCGCAGAAGACCCCGAGAAAGAGGAACGCAUCGGACGUUGAGGUGUGCGACAACGACGGCUUCCGCUACUUCACCAGUAAGACGCAUGCUGCCACUCCUGCGCCGUUCAAGACCAAGCGGCUCACUUCGCGCCAGCCUUCGUUCUGGGACAAAGACGCGUAG